UAUGCAAAGUAUGCAAUAUCUACUACAAUUCUAGUUCUACUUUCCAGCCAAAGUCUCCUUCUGACUUCUUGUGUUUGUUAGAUCUUAAUCUGAGAACAAAAGAUGAUUGGUGUUUGAUGGAGGAGGAGACUGUCCAGAGUCUCCUGUCAGAGUUAGAUGGAGGGAGAGAGCUACACAUCACUUGUCUGACAGGAAGAGACAGCGCAGUGUGGUGUGAACAUAACUGAGGUGAAAAGAUAUAUAACGUGACACGGUGGGUUUCUCACAUCACAAUGUGAAUGACCCAACCAUUGCAUAGUAAUGUCUGAUGAAUGAAUCAGCUUUUAAUAAGAACAGCUGUUGCUGUGACUACCAUUUUUCUGAAAGCAUCUCUGUUGUUAGUCUGAGCAGCUGGAUAGGCAAAAGAAACCCCGCCUUUUUCCCCGCUGAGAGCACUCUUACUGGAGCACAGUUCAGUCUGCUGCAGUCUCCUGUACACAUCGCCUUGGUAACAGCUUUACUCUGUUUGAUCUAUGUCUGUGUUUCUGAGUUCCACACUGUGGAGGUCCAGCCUGCUGAACAAGUCACACUGAUGUGCUCCAACUUCAGCAGCUUUAUCACGUACAUGUUCUGGUUCAGACUGGACAGCAGACCCAACAUCAGCCGUAUCUCCUCUAUGUGGAGCUCUGAUACAAAUGCUUCACUCUACGAUGGAUUUCAAAAUGGAAAAUUUAACAUGACAUCCAACACCACUACCCUCUUCCUCAACAUCAACCAUGUGGAUUUAUCUGACUCUAGACUGUAUUUCUGUGGAUUUCACUCAGAUGGAAAGCCAGUAAUUGUUAGUGCAACAUAUCUGAAGGUUCAAGAAGUGUUUGAUGGAAUAACGAGCCUGACCAGUGUGAUCCUCCUUGGUCUGAUUCUUUUCCUCGUUCCAGUCAUCAUUGGUCUGGUUGUCAAAAUCAGGAAAUUUCAUACAGGUGCUUGUGUUUUAAUGUAAGUUGUAAAUGCAAAACUUUGUGUUAGAACAAUUUAGAGAUGUUCUGUUUCUGUCAUUUAGCUCAGAAAGAGGGACAGACUCCACAACGUAGUGAGGUAAUCAGCU